GAGAUGGAUACCGCACCGAUAAAAUGCUUCACAUAUUUCCUUGGCCGAUCCCUCGCUGGAGGAGACAUGCCAAGACGCAGGAAGUCUGCUUCCGUCUGCGACCCGCUGGAGUGCAGACCCGAGAGCAAAGAGGAGAAAUCCGUCGAUCAGUCCGGCUUCCCCGAUGACCACCUGGACGACCUGGACACACUCGCGUCGGCUGUGGACACCGUCGUCUUGUGCCUAAACGUUCCGCUGGACCACAGGCGAGUGCCGGAUGGCUGUACCGUGACCCCUGACCUGAGACGCGUCUUCACCGAGCCCAAGACCCUGGUGGCCCGCAAGGGGGCCUUGGCGAACCUCGGCGUUUCGAGGGCCCUGUUCGCCGGCUGCGCGGCGUUCUCGUCCUCGAAGCCUUAUCGUCGCGCUGCCAUGUCGGUUCUGGCGGCAGCUCGCUCCCUGUGCAUCAUCCACAACAGGGACAGCGUGUGCAAGCUGGCGAGCUGGUUCCCCUCGGUCACGGACUUGGCGUUGCCGCACAAUCUGGCCUUCCGUGGCGUCUGCAGCCGUCAAGACUGCGAGGGUCACUGCGACAGAAAACAGUCAUCCCUGGAGCGGAUCGUGGGCGACGCACCGGCGCUCGGGUCGGCCAACCUCGAGCUGGACGAGCCGCUCCUCUCCGACUGCCUGCUGAUGCUUCCCAAUAUAGUCUCUGUUCAUUCCGCCUUGGAUGCGGUGCUUCACAUAUGGGAUGUCCUGUCAGACGAAGUCGUGCUGGAUGACGUGGACUACGCCUACUUGCGCAAGUGUCCCGAAGUGAUCCUAGGAAGCUGGCGCGAGCUGCCUGGCACCGCCCUGUCGUACAGGGAUGUUGGUGUCGCCGAGGUCACAGGCGCCAGGAGUUUCUGCCCCGCAGUUAGGAAACUUGAGGUGGUGUUUGAGAAGAAAGAGGCCCUGACCGCGGUCGUCGACUACAAGCAGCUCACGAGCCUGUCCUUGAUGUUCGCCGGCAAGGGCAAGUGCCGCGCCACGGAAACCGAGCUGUCGAAGAUCGUCAGGAAGUUUGUCGACUUGGAGCGACUCGACCUGCAAUUCUUCAGCGACGUCGACCUGCGGUCCAUCGCCGAGCACUGCCCGAAACUCACGAAUCUCUCGUUGCACGGUAGCGCUCUCGCCUCCAUCGACGUCGACGGCGCACUCCUGCCCAAGCGUCUCACGUUCCUCCGCAUGGGACCGCCGAUCGAACCAACAGCAACGUUCCUGUCGCUGCUGGAAUGCAAUCGCAAGAUUCUCGACGUGCUUCGGCUAGAAGGCGACGACGCGGCCGCGGCGUUUCUCGACGUCUGCGCCGAGACGGAGUUUCCGAGUCUUCGACGUCUGACGUUGGACACGAGUCGGCCGAUACGUCAACUGGGCGUCCAGCCGGAGGACUUGCACGAUGUCGCCAAGAACCUGCCCGCGCUGAAGUGUCUGGUCACCGACAGCUACGACCUGCGGCUGUACUUCGAGUACUACGUUCCCUCGGUCGCCAUUUCGUGGUGCAUCUGCACGGUUUGCAUCGCCGAACGGUCCAGGCAGCACGUAGCUGGCAGAUGAAGAUAUAUGGUUUGCGACGCCCGAGUCAUUCGCAGGCACCUGGCUUUGUAGCCGCGGAUGACUUGAACCCAGUACACAUGAUACCCGCCCUAUUGAUAAAAACUCAUGUACCAUAUGGGGGUCCCAUAUAAAAACAUGUUCCAAUAAUAUAUCGUAUGGGUCAUGCCCCCCCCCCCCCCCCCAUUUGAUGUAUGGAACAGAUAGGUUUCUAUAUGGGAUUCCAUGUGUUUAUUUGGUAUUAUUAAAUGUGGCACUUAUAGGUCGUUCAUAGAGCUGAACACUUGAACGACGUAGCAAGGAACCUGCUGGCGUUGAAGUGCUUAGCCGUGGACAGCCUACAGUGUGCUUCUUCGGGCUACGUUUCCUCAAUAACGCUUUCGUGUUGUCUGGUACUGUCAUCUUUGUCGAUUGGUCCAGGCAUCAUGGGAAUGAUGCUGUAGGUGCUUUUAAAUUGUACAGACCAGAAUUUAUUAACUUUGACACUCGCGUUCCCGGCACGACUUGGGACGGUUAUUUGUCGCGGCAACUUUCUUCAAGCCGCAGCUGUGCAAUAUUCAAGUUCUGAGAAAUGGCUUUAACGCGAAAACUGGCUGUCAAGGUCGACAGGUUGUUUUAAGAGGCU